UCCAUUAUCAUUUCAUGGAAUUCAAAGUUGAAACCCUCGGGGAGAAUCAUGGUGCUCCGGGUGAAACUGCUUGUUGUUGUUGCAAGUCUGGUCAGUCUUGGAUUUUCUGGAGCACCAACAGGACCACCAAAGAGAGCUAUAGUUAAAAACAACUCAGGUGUGACGCCGGCAGGGUUGUGUGGUGCUUGGGUCAAAGAACCUGAUGGAGGGCUUUUCACAUCUCCUAACUAUCCUGAAAAAUAUCCUCCUGACCGAGAAUGCAUAUACAUAAUUGAAGCUUCUCCAAGGCAAUGCAUUGACCUGUAUUUUGAUGAAAAGUAUGCUAUUGAGCCAUCGUGGGAGUGUAAGUUUGACCACAUUGAAGUCAGGGAUGGCCCCUUCAGCUUUUCUCCUAUUAUUGGCCGCUACUGUGGACAAGAGAGCCCGACCUAUGUUAGGUCCAGUGGACGAUACCUUUGGAUAAAAUUUGUGGCAGAUGGUGAACUAGAAGCCACUGGAUUUUCAGCUUGGUACAAUUUCACCCAAGAUCCUGAUUUCAAAGACCUUGGAGUUCAACCACCUCUUCCUAUUUGUGAAUUUGAGAUGAGCGGGCCAGAGGGGAUUGUGGAGUCAGUAAUGGUUACCAAAGAGGGCAAAGCGUUGCAGACAGAGGCUGUAGACUGCAGGUGGUACAUAAGAGCUCCUCCUGGAUCGAAGAUCUAUUUGCGUUUCCUGGAUUAUGAAAUGCAGAACUCAAACGAGUGCAAGCGUAACUUUGUGGCGGUGUAUGAUGGGAGCAGCUCGGUGGAACACCUAAAGAAUAAAUUCUGCAGCACGGUGGCCAACGACGUGAUGCUACUGACUUCACUAGGUGUGAUUCGCAUGUGGGCCGAUGAGACCAGCCGCAGGAGCCGGUUCCGUAUCCUCUUCACCACCUUCCACGAGCCUCCGUGUGAAGGAGACUCAUUCUUCUGUCAUGGUAACAUGUGUAUUAACCACACAUUGGUGUGCAAUGGUAUCCAAAACUGUGUCUAUCCUUGGGACGAGAAUGGUUGCAAAGAGAAAAGAAAAGCCACUAUCCUGGACAGUCUCGACCACACUAAUGUGACCAUUAUAGGCGUGACCUGUGGAGUGGUGAUUAUCCUGCUCACCGUCUCAAUAAUAAUUCAAAUAAAACAGCCACGGAAGAAGUACAUCAUCCGCAGAGAUGAAUUCGACCCUGCAUUGCUGCACGAGGCCUUUGAACCACCAGAAUACGAGCUGUGCACGUUACGGCAAGCAACCUCAUGCGACGGUGAUGUUUUACCUGAAGACUUCCCCAAACUGCAGCGUACCUCGUCCAAAUGCAUCCACGGCCACCACUGUGGCUCCCAGGUGUCCAGCACUCGAGGCAGCCGCAGCGAUCUCAGCCUGCGAGAUAGUGCAGCCAUUCUCUCAGACAUGGAGCCAACCAUACAACCUCCAUUUCCUUUGCAAGCUACACCUACUGGCCGCAGGAAUAUCCUAGUGAUGAAGCACAGCUACUCGCAUGAUGGGGCUGAAGAGUGCGACCUGGAUGAUGAACUUUAUGAUGGGCCCACCACCAGCCGUGGGCGAGCUGCAGUGGACAGAACUGUGCAUCGGUCAAUAUCCAAUGACUUCUAAUGGUUUUCCAUGCACGUCAGCCCAGCUUUUGGAUAGAUUUCUUUAUUGUCCUCUUUGUGUCCGUUUUAUUUGUAACAGUUAUGCACUUGUUUAUUAUGUUCGUUGACAGUCAAAAUUGUCAUUUUCACCGUUUUGUAUCCAUAAAGGAUUAUGGAUCAAAAAAAUGGGUGCAUUAAUAGGAUUUGUGAACUAUAAAACUAUAUUCCUGCCAGUUUUCUUUUCCUGUUUUGUAUAUGACUAGUCCAAAGCUGUCUAGUCCAUAUCAUUUGAUGACUGUUAUGCACUUCUGUUUUCAUCCUAAUAUUGAGAAAUGAU